UUUAUAACUGAUCGCCAUUUUUAGUGCAAACCUUGUAAACAUACGAAACUCUGAGGCAUCUAAUUACUAUAUUUAUCAAGCAUUUACAAUAAAUAACCCACUGACUGGAUAGAUUAUUUACAAAUACGCAACAAUAAAUAAUAGUCACUUAAAUUAACUCAUUUGAUGUAAUUGUUCUUGAAGUGACAGUUCAUUACUUUGGCGGAGCAGCGAAAAUUUUCAAUCGGAUAAUCUGAGAUAGUGCCUGGUUAUUUCAAAAUAUCCCAAGUGAAAGUUCUAAUAAAACUGGAUUGAACCCUGGUGCGCCAAAAUGUUCGCAUUAAUAAAUCGUAUACUCGACUGGCUAAAGUCGUUAUUUUGGAAGGAGGAGAUGGAAUUAACGUUGAUUGGACUUCAAUACAGUGGAAAAACAACAUUCGUCAACGUGAUCGCCUCCGGUCAGUUCAGUGAAGACAUGAUACCCACAGUAGGAUUCAAUAUGCGAAAAAUAACCAAAGGAAACGUGACCAUUAAAAUAUGGGACAUUGGAGGCCAACCCAGGUUUAGAUCCAUGUGGGAAAGAUACUGUCGAGGAGUUAACGCCAUUGUCUAUAUGAUGGACGCUGCUGAUCCCGAUAAAAUAGAGGCUAGUCGUAACGAACUGCACAAUCUUCUAGACAAACCUCAACUGUCGGGUAUUCCCGUGUUAGUGCUAGGCAACAAAAGAGAUCUCCCUAACGCUCUCGAUGAAAAUGGCUUAAUAGAUAGAAUGAAUCUCUCCGCGAUCCAAGAUCGCGAAAUUUGUUGCUACAGCAUUUCUUGUAAAGAAAAAGAUAAUAUCGAUAUUACUCUUCAAUGGCUUAUAGCUCAUUCCAAAGGUAGUGUUCGUUAAGUUUGUAACAAUUAAUUAUAUUUUUUUUUUUUUUUUUUUUUUUUAUUUAUGAAUGGAA